UAUUCACCACUUUUAAAACCUUUGAUCGUGUUCAGGGGAACCCUUCGCUUCACUAGUCGAUAAUGGUGUAAAGAGUCUCUCUCUUUCCGCGGAGGCUUUGGAGAUUUUUCUUCUCUUUCCACUACUCUCUCAAUCUGGGAAUUUGCAGAUUUUUUACAUGCUAGCAUUCUCUUUCUAGAGUUCAAGAUGUCGGGCGGUUUUUUUCGAGGCACAUCUGCUGAUCAAGAUACUCGGUUCUCUAACAAAGCCGCCAAGCUUUUGAAGUCUCAAAAGUUUGCAUCAGAGUUGGAUCACCUGGUUGACAUAAGUAAGGUGAAAAUGGAUGUCAUAAGACCCUGGAUUGCAAACAGGGUGACUGAGCUUCUCGGUUUUGAAGAUGAAGUUCUCAUCAAUUUCAUAUAUGGGCUACUUGAUGGAAAGGAUGUAGAUGGGAAACAAAUACAAAUCCAGCUUACUGGGUUUAUGGAGAAGAAUACAGGGAAAUUCAUGAAGGAGCUGUGGAAUCUGCUUCUCAGCGCACAGAAAAAUAUUAGUGGGGUGCCUCAACAGUUUCUGGAUGCCAAGGAAGAGGAAACAAAGCAAAAGAAGGCAGAAGCAGAUCGCAUCAGUCAUGAAAUUAAGAAGAAGAAGGAUAGAGAGGAAGCAGAAUCUGAGAAAGAACGGUGGAAGAAGCUGGAUGCUGACAAUGGGAUUCUGGAAACUGUGGGUGCCACUGCUAAUGACAUUUCAAAGAAAUCUUCCCCAAAGGCUUUAGAAAGGGAUUUGGUUGGAAGACAGAGAGAAAAGAACAGGGCAUCUGAAUCUCCACCUGAUGGUCAUUCCCCUUCUUCGCAUCGAAGCACUCCAGUGCGUCGAUCAAGGAGUAAGUCAUUACGUGAUUCCAGGAGUCGUUCAAGGUAUUUACCAUUUUCAGGUUCCGGUGAAAGGCCUCAAUCAAGGAGCAUGUCAAGAUCACCUCCACCUCGUAGGCGCUCCAUCUCUAUAGGAAGGCGCUCUCGUUCUCCAUUAUAUCCCCCUCGUCGCAGGCGUUCGCCUCGCUACCUUAGAUCUCCACCUAGGCGGAGAUCACCUCGUCCUAGAAGGAGGUCACUAUCUCCCCCAAGGCGAAGGUCCCCAUCUCCAAGGCGCUAUAGGUCCCCUUCCCCUAUGAGGAGGAGGUCUCCUUCUCCUAUUAGAAGGAGGUCUCCUUCUCCUCCUUUCCGUCGAAGAUCACCUUCUCCUCCUUUGCGACGAAGGUCCCCAACUCCUAUUAGACGGAGGUCCCCAUUCCGUAGGUCUCCAUCUCCCAUAAGGAGGAGGUCACCCCCAUCACAAUCACCAAGGCACCGUAGACGAUCACCUGUGCGGUCCCCUAGAAGGCGGCCUAUGGAUUCUCGUCUUACCCCUCGUUCAAGAAAUAGGAGUUCCAGUCCAUAUAGAAAUCGUCGAAGCUUGAGUAGGGAACGAUUAAACCGUAUGAAUGGUGGGGAAUCCAGAAGAUACCGAGAUGAAUAUGCCGCUCGAAGAACACAUAUGAGAAGGUCCCCUGAUCAGUCCUCUCCCAGUACGGAGGAGGUCGAUGAACAGACUAGGGGAAUGCGCAAGGUUCCUGAGUCUUAUUCGCGCCCUCCACAAACUUCUUUAAGGUCUCCACAGCGUGAUGAUAGGACUCAGAGUGAUACUAGUUAUAAAAUCCCUGCUUUAUCAUCACCACCAGAACAAUCACCCGGCCAAUCAGAGUCUCCAGAGCAAAGAACACAUCUUGACAAAGGCAGGAGGAAGUCCAGCCCUUAUGACAGCCCCAAGAGAUCCAUUAGAGAAAGAGCAAACAGUCAUGUGAGUCCAGAUAUGAGCAAUGAGGAAGAUGACAUCAACUAUUCGAGAGAGCUACACAGUCACGGAGCAGAUCCUUCUAGAAAGAGAAAUAUACAUUCACUUACAGUGUCAGCGCGAAAUGAACACCCUCGAAGAGCCUUAGCAAAGAGUGAGUCUUCUCCUGUGAAUGUAGCAGAUCAGAGAUCCUCUGAACAUCAGGGUCAGUCUGACAACUUUGAGCCAAGAAAGAAAGAGCACCGCAGCCUGGGGAGUGUUAAAUCUGAUGGGAGGGCUAAUUUACCUGAAAGGCACACUCAACCCUCGUUCCAUGCAUCAGAAGAAAUAGAGUAUGGACCUGGACGUCUUGAUAGCUUGUCUUUGGAUAAUCUCCGGAAUAAGCAAUCAUCUGCUAAGAGGCAUGUUAGGGAUACUUCUUCUCCGGAUGAAAGAGAUAAUGCAGAGCGUUUAUCCAUGAAGAAGUCAUAUUCUAGAGAAAGUUAUGGAGAGGAUGAGAACCUAAUUCUCCAGGAAACUAAUGUGAACAAGAUUUCUUCUCCAUUCAAUGCUGAAACAGCCAAGAGACCCAUGAAAAGAUUGGAUCAAAAUGACCAGUGCGAGACAUAUAAUUCCGAUGAGGAAUAUGAGAAAAAAAGAUCAGAGAAAAGAAAGCAGAAGAGAGAAGAGAGCAAGGAGGCAUCCUUGCAGAAUGAUACAGGCUCUGCAUCUCCAAUAGAUGAGAGAAAAGAGGCAAAAAGAAGAAAAAAGGAGGAAAGGAAAUUGAGAAAGGAAGAAAGGCGACGAAGGCGCGAAGAGAGGCACCGUAGAAAGGAAGAGAGGCACGCGAGCAAGCGGAAAGCCAAAUCUGUUGCUACUGUUAUGCCGCCUUCAGAAUCUGAGCGAUAUCGGGGACGUGCAGAUGAAUCUGAUGGUGGUGUUGAUAUAAGGAGGCAAACAAAUCCAAGUGACAGUGAAGAAGAAUCUGAGCAGAAAAGGCUCGAAAUUGAGUUGCGAGAGAAGGCCCUUGAAUCACUUCGAGCAAAGAAGGCUAUCAGUCACUGAAUUUAUUAAUGCUUGCUAGUUUGGCAUCUGUGUCUGUUUUCAGUUUCUUUCUUUCUGUUUUUUGGUAGAACUGUAUCACUUGCUUUAACUUUGCACUUUCUAUAUAAGAAUUUUCUGUUCCGAGAAUUGUGGUAAACAACAUGUUUAAUCACUUAAUGAGGUCCUCUGCCUCAGCAUUAUCCAUUUGAUACAACUUUGUUCUUUACUUCUGGCAGUUGAAAUGGAUAAAUGAGGGCUUCCUCAGUCAAUGCCAUGGUGUGAACAAUGUGCAGGUGUUGCUUCUAGUGCUCGCUAUGAAAUGGUUCUGAUCAGAAAACUGUCAACUAGGUGACUUGGCUGAGCAGUUCUUGUGAAAGAGCCACUUUUUGAACCUCUAAUCAGCUGUUCCGGCCUCUGGGGGCUUAGUUUUAUUAUGCAUCUGCUAUGUUCAUAUUGAUCUCAGAUGAUAAUCAUCCCUGCAGAGGUCUCAAUCACGCUUGGCCGCAUAGAAACUGGGUUGUUCUAUCAAUGAAACUCUUACAAUUGCGUAAUUCGAAACCUAAUGGAGGAGUGAUUGUGAUUUUUUUGUACUAAUCUAUUUGUAUAUGUUUUCAAAAUAUUAGGUUAUUUUUUUAAAAUUUUCCUUUUGAAAUUAGGAGCCCCUUAUGGUGAUAAUCAUUUUUUGUCUUAGUGAA